UGAGCUUCAAUCGAAAAAGGGGCAGGACAUUCGUGUUUUUUUUGUUUUUUGUUUUCCCAUCAAGGAGCCAAUAGAAAGGACGGGAUUGUAUUUUGGCGAGCGUCAAGCCCACCGCACCGGCGCUCGCUCCGCGGCUCCCUGACAUUGCGAGCGAGUGUGGAGGGGAGCGGGAAGCUAACGACGCAGUCAUGAAGGCGCAGCUGAGCUGAGGGCCUGCGGGUGACCUGGCAGCCGCGGGGGAGCUCGCCCAUCCGACGACCACGGAAAAUAUGACGAGUACGAGCUAAGCUACGAAUACCCGCCAGUGACGUCAGCCAUGUUCUGGAAGUUCGACUUGCACACGGCCUCUCACCUGGAGGCUCUGCUGGACAAGGAAGAUGUCACGCUCACUGAGCUCAUGGACGAGGAGGACGUCCUGCAGGAGUGCAAGGCCCAGAACCGGAGACUGCUCCUGUUCCUGUGUCAGGACCGGUGCAUGCAGGAGCUGGUCCAGAAAAUCACCACUGAGCCCCCUGCUGGGGGAGAGGAGACCAAGCGCUUUAAGUAUUCAAAUAUAGCAUGCGAGCUGUUGACAAGUGACGUGGGAGUGAUCAAUGACAAGCUGGGUAAUGAGGAGCCGCUGCUCGAGACUCUGUAUGCCUUCCUGGAGCAGCCGUCCCCACUUAACCCCCUCCUGGCAUCUUUCUUCAGCAAGACAAUUGGAAACCUUAUUGCGCGCAAGACGAAGCAGGUGAUCAGCUUCCUGCGGCGGAAGGACGAGUUCCUUUCUUUAGUUCUCAAGCAUAUCGAUACGUCGGCCAUGAUGGAUGUGCUGCUGCGACUUAUCAGCUGCGUGGAACCACCGCCUCUCCGGCUCGAGACGCUCACGUGGUUGAAUGAGGAGAAGUUGGCUCAGAGGCUGAUCGAGCUGAUUCACCCCGGGAGAGAUGAAGAGAGGCAGUCCAACGCAUCCCAGACACUGUGCGACAUCAUUCGUCUGAGUCGAGACCAAGCCAGCCAGCUCCAAGAGACGUCUCAGCCGGACCCCUUGUUAACUGUGCUGGAGUCGCAGCAGUGUGUGGAGCAAUUGUUGCAGAACAUGUUCUCCGGAGAAAGGACCGAGAGCUGCAUCAUCAACGGGAUUCAAGUUCUUCUCACGCUACUGGAGAUCAGAAGACCUGUGGUGGAUGGUGUUAUGGAUGCUCAAGGCUUUGAGAGAAGCUACACAGUCAACAGCAGCAUCCUUUUGGCCAUUCAGCCCCACCUGGUUCAUUUCCAUCAGCUACUUCUUGAGCCACCAAAGAGAAGUCCGAUGCUGACCAGCCUGGGUGUGCUAGAGGAACCAUUGGGGAACACGCGGCUUCACGUUGCCAGACUUGUGGCGUCUCUGCUUUAUACCAGCUCUGCCAGCCACGCAGUCGUAGCACAGGAACUCUGCCGACUUAAUACAAUGGACCUGCUCCUGGAGUUGUUUUUUAAGUAUGUUUGGAACAACUUUCUGCACCUGCAAGUGGAGCUCUGUGUGGCUGCCAUCCUGCGGCCCUGCGCUCACGAGGUCAGGCUGCAGCCUAGUUCGGGGUCCAAGGAUGCCGCACUGCCCUCUGAACUCUCACCCACUCCGGAAAACUCACCAUACAAUUUAAUGGUGACUCAUCUGUUCAAGCAUUGCCAGCUGAUCCAGAGGAUCCUGGAGGCCUGGGAACAAAACGACAGGACUCAGUUAGAGGGAGGCAUGAGGAGGGGGUACAUGGGUCACCUGACCAGGAUCGCCAAUACUGUUGUCCACAAUCUGGAGAAGGGGCCGGUACACAUCCAGAUCAGUAACUUAAUAAACGAGUUGCCAGACGACUACAGGCGGCGCUGGGAGACCUUUGUGGAGCAGACUCUUUCAGCAACCAACAGAAAAAACACCAUUGAUCUGAUUGGCAGUGGGAACCCCCGCCCUUCCUCUGAGGACGAGAUGGAGAGCCCCUUCCCAAAAGAGCUGACAGUGCAGCAGGCCUUUUCAGAUUAUCAGAUUCAGCAGAUGACUGCGAACUUUGUGGAUCAGUUCGGCUUCAAUGACGAGGAUUUCGCCGAUCAUGAGGACCGCAUCGGAGCCAAGUUUGACCGGAUAGCUGAGAUCAAUAUGGCCAUGCAUGUGCAGGACAGUCAGCCAAGCACGACUGUAUACGACUCUCGCUCCAUGGGCAAAAUUCAGGUCUUUGAUGAUGACGAUGAAGAAGACAUCUGGGAGGAGAACCAGACCAACUAUGCAACACAAACAAAAGCUCGUAACAGGUUUGGAGCCUCCCAGGCCGCCCCGAGACCAGCGGCGACCAAAUCCCGCCAAGAAGCAGCCGGUUACGACAGCGAAGACUCAGACUCUGAAGCGGAAGAGCUCAAAGAUGAACUGGAUCCUUUCUCAAGUCCAAUCCACACAGAUACAACAAAGAGCUGUGACUGGAUAGCAGAUUUUGGGGAGGUCAAUUCUAAGGCGCCUGCUGCUGGUGUUGGCUUUGCAGGCUGGGAAAGUUCUGCUGAUGAACCAGCUGCCACAGAAGCGGAGAAAGGCUGGGCCAAGUUCACAGACUUCCAGCCCUUCUGUUGCUCUGAAACUGGCCCACGGUGUAACUCUCCCGUGGACUCAGAACUGAACAAACCAAAUGUGAAUGCGUGUGUGUGGAAUGUCUGUGGGAGCAGGAAAGCUCCACUGGUGGCAUCAGAUGGCUCUUCCUCAAACAGCUCAGACAGCGAAGAAGAGACCAAAACGGGGUCUGUUUCCUCUGAGACAGUCACCAGUGGAGCAGCCAAGGAGACCACCCAGCUCACCGCAGAUGCAAAAAACGAGAAGGCACCUUCCACCAGUGGGGAAACUGCUGCGCCAGACACUGAAAGUGGAAGGGGAGAUGCUUCAAGUCCCAGUCCAAUCACCCAACCAGCCGCUGUCACACAAGAGAAGCAUCCCUGUGCCAAUGGACCUACCCAGUGAUGACCCACUCCUCACACUCAUCGUCCGGCUCACAGCUUUGCCUCCCUCUGUUCCUGUCACCGUCUCUUUGUCCUUCCUUUCCCUGAGGAAGUGAAAUGGAACAUCAUCAGUGUUGAGGUCAGACCUUCUGUCCGAGUCUCCCGGUCCACAAGCACACACAGAGACACAUGAAGACAUAUUGUGUAGGAAAGUAGUUUCACCCACCUAACAUUGUUUUAUAAGUGAGGAAAACAAAAGAAAAAAGUGCCAAAUUGCUCUUUUACUUUUAAAGAAAACUACAAAGCCAAAGUAUGCCAUGUACUAAAUAUGAACUAAAACUGAACAUAAAAUAUAACAAAAGUAAACUUCAUUUCUCUGCAUACUGUCACUCAGCAAGCAAGAUUCUAUCUACCCAAACAUGACUAAAGAUGUCACGAAAAGACUGGUUCACUAACAUGAAUGAAGCAUAAAGCUUAACCUGAAAUCAGUGACUCAAGAGACACUUUUUUUAUGUAUUGGCCUGCUCCACUAACUCCAAGUGCCAUCGUGAUUGCACAAGUACCCAUCAUCAACAGCCCUCCAUCCGUGAUUUAUUUGUAUAUCUCGAGAGGAAAUCUCACACAUGAUGUCACACUUCCUUCUGAUGGACCCAUGUAGAUUAGACAAGUGUUGGUCUGUUGUGUCCUUAUAUGUAGAUGACGUGCCUGUUUCCAUAUUUGUGCGACUGAGCUCUGUCUUAAGGUACAGGGCCUAUUCUCAGGUCAAAGGUGAGGUAUGCAGACGUUCAAAGAAAGCACACGCACAGUUUGACACACACACACACACGUGCUGUAUCACACGGCUAUAUAUAUAAUAAUAAUACCUGUGCAAAAACACAGACUUAGAGCUGUUUAAAUGUAACAUUGUGAAAUUUGAAUCUGUACUAGGUCGUGGCUAAUCUUGGUGACAUGAAUACAUAACAUACAUGUAAACAAGUAUAUACAAAUCACCAUAUAUAUCUAUAUUUUUUAAACCCAAUGUAAGAAACAUUGUAUUUAGCAGCUUCCAACGUGUGUGUUGAAAAGACGCAAUAAUAAUUUGAGUUUUUGUUACUAUCCCAGCAUCAGUUCUAGAUUGGGAAUGAUCAGAAGUCGGCAGCACGUCUUCCAUUUAGCGUCAUUGUUUAUGAAAUCUUGCUUUGUUGGGAGACUUAUUUAAACGUUUUUAUCAGGGUUUUUUUUUUUCGAUUAUUUUUUAAGCUUGUUUACGGCGAUUUUACCUCUUGAUUAUUUUUGUGCUGCUAUUUUUUAAAGCACUGACUAUAUAGAAGAAGUGAUCUAAACAGUGACUUCAGGGUUUUGAGUUCUUAGUUGCACUAAAUGUGGAGGAAGGAACCUCAAACGUCAUCGGUCAAAUCGCUCUCAAACAUACCAGUUUAAUAUACUGAGAAUCAUCGAGUUGCACUUGGGAGGAGGAGCGAUUGUGGUUUGGUUGCUUAAAUGAAGGGAACUGUAAUGUCAUGAAAUACAUAUAUAUACAAAUAUAAAUACAUUAACGUGGAAGUUUUGCACCUUUGAGUCACUUUGUUUGAUAUUUAACUAAAAGGAAAAGCAAAAUGCUCGAUUGCACUUUUAUGUAUUUCCAAAGCGAUGUGGAAAAUUUGCUGAGUAAUAGUUUCUGCCUGAGGGCACACUCACCAGAAAACACUUUAAACAUGAAAAGUCCUAGAAGUGAAGUCUCUUUGUUGUGUCUUCUUGCUGUUUUUCCCCCAAUCACACGACCACAUGUAUUGACACACAACCCAGUCCGGAGUGACCGCAUUGAUGUCAGAUGUGGUCAGGAUCCUUCCCAUGCAGCAGAAUGUCACCACCUCCUUUUAUCGUCCCCAGAAAUUUGGUUUGUACAGUCGCUACGGAACCGUUGUCACGUUUGUCGUCAGUAAAACAUUAGCUUUUCGUACGUUUUAGGUGCAAACUGACUCACUAUUUUGUGUGUUACUGUUGUUCAGCUCGAUUAGUAACUGAAGUGUAAUAUCUGUCACAGUAGAAAAGAGACACUUGAGGUUGCGGUCUUGGAAGAAAUACAGGAUACUAAUGUAUGUGUGGUGUGUUGAAACAAACUAGUGAAAUUCAUUUAGACAAAUGUUUUCAUCGCACAUGAUGACAUCGGAGUGAAAGAUGACAAACUUGCAAAUCAAUAACAUCAAAAUCUCUCAUUGAGAAAAUAAGUGCUGGGGUGAAUCAUGAAAAUAGGAUUCUGGACUAAUAUUCUGGACACACUUUGUUUUGACUGGCCGCCGAUGAUGAUGAUGAUGAUGAUGUUGAAAGCGCAUGCUUCUGUAAUAGGCGAGUGAGUAAACAUGGUGAGGCUGGUCUAGUGUGAGUGUGCCCUCAGUCUUCCUCAGGGCAGAGAUGGACAAAUGCGAAUGCUGUUUUUUUUUUUUUUUUACUUUUUAUGGUCUAAUAUAGACGAUAAUAUCUGCUAAGUGAAUAUAAUUUACUGCUUUAAGAAUUGCAUUUGUCACAUAACAGAUGUAUCAAUCUCACAGAAGAAAACAACGUAGUUUGGAGUCAGGUUCCAGAGAGAAAACAGAGAUGUCUCCUCAAGAGUCAGAAAGUGUUUGCGUCUCUUUUGCCAAAACAGCUGAUGUCCAUGUGCCCGGUCCGUUUCCAUCUCCACGUGUGUGUUCAAUGUUCCACUGCACAUUAGGUCUGCACGAUAUCGUGAAAACAUGUGAGCACUUAACAUGAACAUAGUGUUCACCUCAAGUUUGGCACUUUGGUUCUAGUCACUUUUAAAAAACAUGAAAAUGGAUUUCACCCUUAAUGCGCAUUAACAAUCUGUUAUUAACCUUUCUGAAUGGCAUCCACCUUCAUAUUGAGACUGUAGAUACAUCAUUUUGUUAUUAUUUUUUUGUCUCUUCCUCUCACUGAAUGUCACUGUGAUGCUUCUGGUGUUGCUGAUAAGUUGAGGAGAGCACAGUCUCCAGACACACUGGUAACACGGGAAUUAUCGUGCAGCCCUAAUGGCAAGAAGCGCACACCAUCUCAAAGUGCUCUACAGUGCGAGAGGUGCAAAGAAACACCCUUGAGAUGUCCGAUCCUAUCAGUGGUUACAUAUGAUCCGACUCUUAAUGUUUCCGCACCUCUGCUUAUUAAAAGUCUCUAAAUGGGUCAUGCAUCUCAUGGCUUUGUUGAAAAUGCCUUUUUGUGAACUGAUGCUGGUGUUUUCAGGAGAUUGUUUUCAUUUAGAAUGUACUGUGUAUGUUACCUACUGUCAAGUUAGCUAGUACAUUGAAAUCUGAACCCAAUAAAUAAAUAAAUAAAUAUA